AAUAAAGGAGUAGCAAAAUGCAAAUUUUUAGUGAUAGCAACAAACUAGCUUGAGUUUGCUUUUACAUUGAAAUCUGUUUUGUGAGUUUAUCUUUCUCAGCAUGAAGCGGGUCGGCAAGGCAAACUUGUUUUGUGAGCUUGGCUGUCUCAGCUGGAGACCUGAAGUUUAGGAAAGGCAAGGCCUGAUUUUAAGUAGGAAAUAGCCUUGGGGGGAGGAGCUGGCUAAGGUCAACUUGCUGCUCUCAAACUGAUAAAGCUAGGGCCAUCAACACACAGAGAUCGGAGAGGGACAAAUUUGAGCAGGAAGUAUAAACCAAAUGUGUCAGUUAAGAAUGACGCAUUUACCUGUUACCUGGACAGCUAGUAUGGUGAUGUCAGUGGCUUUGUCGGGGGCAAAGGUUGUCAGUGUUGGGCAGCCACACAGGGCAGUGUUAAGUCUUCAGCUGCCACACAGGGCAACAUCAGCCUUCAGCCACCAGACCAAGAAGGUCUAUGAGAUUUUCCCGUGGAGGAGGAACUUGGAAAAACUACCUUGGAGAGGCAGAGUUGGGCAGUCAAUCCAACAACAACUUCCAUAGUUUAGGCAGGGCCUUGGCGGUGGGGGAGCCAUGGGGCAAUUCUUUGCUGCAUUUGAAGCAAGCUCCAGGUGGAGUCUGUUGCUACCCAUCUCUUCUCCUGUUUCCAGAAGCUGGUAUUUUUGUCUGUCAGGGUCAGUGAUCAGGAGUUAAACUUCCGGGUAGGCAGACAGAUUGAUAACAAACUGGUAACAAAGGUGACCAGUUUCUUCCUCGGUCUCCUAACUUGAGACAAAGGCCUCAAGAAUCCCCUCCGGGGAACUGGCUCAACAAGCUCAAGGCCUGAUGAGGACGUGUCACACAUAUUUUUGGACCAAUCAACCAUCCUAUCUGUCUCCAAACUGACCAGCCCUAAAGUGGGUAGGAAGGCUCUUCAGAGCCUUUAAAACCCCAGGCCUCCAGUAGAGACCGGGUUUUUCGGCUGCCGGAGGACCCGUCUCUGCUUCGCCAAGGAAAACUGAACCCAAUCAAGACUCCCAGGCCGUAUUAUUUCUAGACCGUGUCACUUGGGGGGCUUGCCUCCGGGUUUCUUCUGAAGACAGUCUCAUUUUGGAACCUCGUCCCUGGAACUCUUUUGAGGACUGUCAACUCACCCAGAAAUGGCUUACAUAAUGAAGAAAGAACAUGCCCUUUGGGCAUCUGUGUGUCUGUUGGUUAGUGUUGUCCCCGAGCUGCUUACUGCUCUGCCUGAGGAAGCUGAUGGACAUGCAGAAACCACAGUUUCCGAGCUGCCACCGAUGAAACCAAAGCACACGUUUUGUGCCAUGAAGAUGGAUGAUGGGCCGUGCAAAGCCAUGAUUCGGAGUUAUUUUUUCAAUAUGGAUACUCAACAAUGUGAAGAAUUUAUAUACGGGGGAUGCCUAGGAAACAAAAACCGAUUUGACACCUUGGAAAAGUGUAAGGCAACAUGCAUAAAAGGUUAUAAAAAGAAGACUGUAAAGACACCAUCCGGAGCAGAAAAGCCAGAUUUCUGCUUCUUAGAAGAGGACCCUGGAAUCUGCCGCAGUCUCAUUACUAGGUAUUUUUAUAACAACCAGUCAAAGCAGUGUGAACAAUUCAAGUAUGGCGGGUGCCUAGGCAACCUCAACAACUUCGAGACUUUGGAUGCGUGUAAGAGCACCUGUGAGGAUCCAGUGAAUGAGUUACAGACUAGUGACUACACACCUGAUCUCAAUACUGUAAAUACCACUUUGACCCCCCAGUCUACCAAAGUGCCCAGCCACUGGGUUGCCUUGGGACUAUAUCACCUUUAUGAUAUUUUGAAAAAACUCAUCUUUGGUUAGACUUCAAAAGCCUACUGCUAACUCAAUCUCCAGCACUUGGUCUCUGAAUGAGAAAGGGAGCACCUAAGUACCGAUCCAGGGCCAUACUGCUUCAGGCCGGCCUCCAGGUCCAGGGAGAAUGACUAGAUAUAACAAAGAAGACCUUGUGGCCACUUGAAACUCUCUUCUGACUCUAUCUAUGACCUAGUGCCAAACUCCACAUACAUAAAAAUUGGUGGAAAAUAAAUAAAUAAAUAAAUAAAUAUGUAAUUAUACAUAUAUGUAUAUAUAUUAUCAUUGGCCUUCUGGAAGAGAAAUAAUGUUGACAGAGAAGCUAUUCAAUAAUUAAAUGUCACCGCUGAUGUGUUCAUGUCAGAGAUCUACAAUAGAAUAUUUUCAACUCUAUGUUGUCUUGGAAGAUAUUGAUUACAUGUAGAGGAAUACUGCAAUCAUGUAAAUUUUCUGGGAAGAAACUAUCCCCUUAUCAACUAAAGAGUUAUACAUUUAAAUGCAUAUCCCACAAAAUCAUGAAUGCUGUGGACAGUGCUGUAAACCUCAUUUCAUCAGCAAGCACAUACAAUUUGAAGCAAGUAUGGUGGCCUUCAAAUGUAUUCUCACUGAGAAGCAUAGACUAUAUCAUCCUCCGUCUUCCUACAUAGUAAAUCUGGUAGCUUGUGCUGACACCCUGGCAAGUUGGCUUUCCAUAAAUAGAGAGCUUUAGCAGAGCUCACAUCAGGCCUUCUACUUCCUGGCAGGAGUGCUGGCAAGAAACAAAAAUGUGGCACUUCCUCUGCCAAGAUCUCAGCUGUCACCCUACCUACCCGGCAAAUCUCUUCACAGACAGUUUUGAGUCUAAUCAAAGAUAAUGGUUGUCCCAGACAGCAGAGCCCUCCAGAGAAAUGUUUCUCAAACAUCAACAGAUACUUUUUAUAAGAGAUGAAAUGGACAAUUUCACUGUGUCAACCAAAUUAGCUUAAAUGACGUUUGUAUUGAAUAAAGUAAUAGAAAUUUAAGUGUGUGACAAUUAUAAAGCUACAACAAAAAAUAGUUGCAGAUUACUACAGACCAAACUACUAACUAGCACUGUUAAUUUGUUGAGAUUUCUUUUUCUCAAAACAGUAAGAGAAUCCAUAUUGGAAUAUGAAUUUUGUAUUGACAGUAAAAAGAUAGACUAGGAAUAAAAAUUAGUUUAGAAAGAUCUAAGUCUUAGUUCUCGAGUGUCAUUUUUCUCUUUAAAGAUUGGGUGAUCUCUGUAGAAAUGAAGUGAGAAGCACCCAUGAAAGAGCCCCCAAAUCUCCCUUUCACAACACCACAGGGCCCCGUCUUCCCGGUUUUCAAUGAUGUGAAUGCCAGGAGCUUGCUCACUGGUAUGCAUCUGAUCACAGAGACAAAGGCCUGGGCUGUGUUUUGUGAUUUCUAAAAUGAGGCCAGGUUGAACACGCCAACCUAAUGAUUCCUGCCUUCAGAUGUUGGAGAGCUAUUUGGCUCACCACUGUUACCCCCAAGGCUGGUUUCCAGCCCCCCUUAUUAAGGUUUUUGUUUCAGUCAGGUACCUUCCUCCUGUUCAGACUUGAUGAACACUGAUUCAUACAUGUGAUGGUGCAUGAGGCACAUUUAGAUUGUUUUGAUUGGAGAUUGAUGGAAAGAAGGGAUUUGGAGAUUAGAAAUAAUGAAGUUUCAUAAACUUUAUCUGAUAAAAUUAUUGUAAUAUUUGCCCAGGAAGUCUAGAAGUAUUUUCUACUUAGCUUUAGAGUGAUGUCUCAUCGUGGGCAAGAACAUUGGUUUCAUGAGUGGAAUCUGAGUUUAACUCCAGUUCUGUAAUUUCCUGACUUGUUUUGUACCCUUGAAAAAAAGCAUGUGGUUUCUCUCAGCAUCCAGUUCUUUCUUUGCUACAUGUGGAAUGCAGCAUGUCAUAAAAUGUUUAAAAAUACUGUAAUAGCAUGUAAAACUCUUCAUCCUGUGUUGCCAUUAACAAGAAUAUUGAUUUUAAGACUGGUGUUGGUGAUGAUGAUGCUGACCCAGAUUCAUCUAAGAUAUAUAGACAUAAAAGAAGUAGCUCAAAGACAUUGUUAAUGCAUAUUUUAUUACAGUUUUAAUACAACUAAAGUUGUAACCUUGAAUUGAAGAAUCUUAAUUCAUUACAGUUAUCUGAAUUAACACACAGUGCUUGUAAAGUCCUAGCAUACUUAAUGAAAUAAAAUUUCAUCUUUUGUGCCUCUGGA